CCCCUUAAAGAGAAGAUGAAAUUGGUUUGCAAAGAAAAUAGAGGUUAUACGCCACUGUAUGCCGAGAAUCUCAACCCUUCUUCAAGUUCUAAAGGUGACUCAAAAGAGAGUUUCUAUAUUGGUCCCCUGGAAAGCAUUUCAAGUCAUAGUAAUCUAAAUCAAUGGCCUUCAGAAGAAGUUUUGCCAUCUUGGAGACCUACUGUUGAAUCUUACUAUGAAAGAGUCCUGACUGCUGGAAAAAAGUUAAUCUCUUUAAUUGCUCUGGCUGUAAACUUGGAUGAAAACUUCUUCCAGAAAGUUGGGGCUUUCAAUCCACCAAUGUCAUUUCUUCGUCUUCUACACUAUCUUGGUGAAUUGGGGCUUUCCGAUGAAGAAAUUUUUGGUGCUUCUGCUCAUUCAGACUAUGGAAUGAUAACCCUUCAAGCAACAGAUGGUGUUGGUGGACUUCAGGUUUGCAGGGACAAAUCUACGCAAUCACUGGUCUGGGAAGAUGUGCAUCAUAUCAAUGGGUGA